UGAACCUUUCGGAUGCGUUUAAAUGACGGACCAUUACAGUGUCACAUAAUUUGCUGUCCGUCAAGCAAAUUCGUGGACUAGCUAGAACAUUACUUCAAAUUUGUUCUUUUCUUACAGCCUGUGCUGUGAAUAUUUUUGAUGGACGGCAUAGAACAGAAAGAAACAGAAGAAAAUGCGCCUUCAGUUAUCGACCGGUAUUACACACGGUGGUACAGAGCCGAUAUGAAGGGGAAACCGUGUGAGGACCACUGCAUCCUGCAGCAUUCAAACAGAAUAUGCGUUGUCACAUUAGCAGAGACUCACCCGAUCCUUCAAAAUGGGAGGACAAUCAAGAGCAUCAAUUACCAGAUCAGUAAUGCCUGCAGUCGGCUGAACAAUAAAGUGUCUGGGAAGUCCAAGCGGGGCGGUCAGUUCCUUACUGAUUUUGCACCUCUAUGUAGGAUAACAUGCACAGAUGAAACCGAAUACACAAUCUACAGCUGCAUCCGGGGCCGUCUUCUUGAGGUCAAUGAGAAUAUUUUAGAAACACCUACUCUCUUGCUGGAAAAGCCAUCUACUGAAGGAUACAUUGCCGUCAUCCUGCCAAAGUUUGAGGAGAGCAAGAGCAUAACGGAGAAUCUCGUGAGCAGAGAGGAGUUUGAGAGCAUUGUCUCCAAACGAAGUGUCACUGAAUCACAACCCUCUUGACAGGGCUACACAUUCUUGCCUUGUUCAAGUCAUAACUGUUUUGAAAGAGUUUUUCCUUCAAAUCCCACCAGGUUGGGUAAAAACUGUGGACGUUAUCCUGGAAAAUGAUAUUUACUUGUGGUUACUUCUAAAGGACUCUCACAUAUAAUGCAAGCAUUGCACUGUGCCUCUGGACUAUUAUAUAGUGUUUUUCAGUGUUAAAGAAUUUGAAGGUUUCAGGAACACUCUUCUUUGAAAAGCUUUAUUUAUUGUUUGGUUUUUGUAAUUCGAACAAGGAAAUAGAGGAAAGCAUGACAUUAUUUGAAUUCUGUAAUUAAAUACUCAAAAAAAAAUCUUGUUAGAAUUAUUUUUGUAGAAUAUCAUUAAAAACAACCAACACGGAUUUAAGAAAAAUAGUUUAU